AUGGAGAAGCCCCAGAACAAGGAUUCAAUGAAAUCCACCUGGCGCACCGCCGACCGCAAAGAAUGGAAUCACAACCACUGGGCUCUAGAAAUUCUCAACGCCUACCCACAAGAACUGAACAAGGAAGUCCCUGUGCACUCGAAAGAUGAAAAAAUCCCCUAUAUGCCGCAAUGGUCACUGCAACGCUGGGUCCUCUUCUACUCCGCCCUCCCACUGGUCUUCCACCAAGCCUACAUGAUGACGGGCCGCACACUCGGCCCCAUAGCCACGUUCAACCUCUACUUCUUCGCAUUCAACGCGACAGUCAUCUACCAAGUGCACGUCCUGAGACGACUAGGCCAUAUCUACGGCUUCCUAGACGGCGACAAGCAUGAGCGCGACGGUGUCCCGGACGUCGGUAUCGCAAAGGUCGUGCAGUCUCUCUACAAAACGACCGGUUCCCGCCUCGUCAUGGCUACAUACCUCUGCUACAACCGCGACGCCUUGCCCAGCUCCCUCACCUGGGCCUGGCUGCCUCUCGAAAUUGGAUUGUAUGGCAUCAUCCUCGAUUUCUGGUUCUACUGGUACCACCGACUCAUGCACGAUGUCUCGUUCUUAUGGAAAUUCCACCGCACACACCACCUCACUAAACAUCCCAACCCACUGCUCGCCGCUUAUGCAGACCACGAGCAGGAAUUCUUCGAUAUGGUCGGCGUCCCCUUUAUGACCUACGCCUCGUUAAGACUUAUGGGUCUGCCGAUGGGAUUCUACGAGUGGUGGAUCUGUCAUCAGUACGUGGCCUUUGCGGAGGUCUUUGGGCAUUCGGGACUGCGGAUGCAUCUUACGGUUCCGACGACUAUGAGUUGGCUGCUCCAGAUGCUUGAUGCGGAGAUUGUUAUUGAGGAUCAUGAUUUGCAUCAUCGGAAGGGGUGGCGGAAGUCGCAUAAUUAUGGGAAGCAGACGAGGCUUUGGGAUAAGAUUUUUGGGACUUGUACGGAGAGGAUCGAGUCCGUUGCGGAGAAUGUGGAUUAUGAGAAUGUGGCAUGUAUGCCGCUUUUCUAG